AUGACAAGUCUAUCUUCUCCCUCUCCCGCCAAGCUCUUUCCUCUUCAAUCGCCCAUACGCAGACCCAGGACCCCCCCUUCUCACCAGAGCCUCUCCCCAACUCAUCACCGCAAGACAAAACCCAAAUUUGAAACUCUCAAGGACAAUCUAAUCCGCCAUGCAGAUGCCGGCGACAUCAAAAGAGCAAUCUCCACCCUGGAUUUUAUGGCCCAAAAUGGCCUCACGCCUGACCUCACAUCCUACUCCGUCCUCCUCAAAUUCUGCAUCCGGACCCGAAACUUCCAUCUCGGGAAGCUUAUUCACUCUAAGAUCCUCGACUCAAAGCUCCAACUCGACUCCAUUGUGCUCAAUUCCCUCAUUAGCCUCUACUCCAAGAACGGCGAUUGGUUAACUGCUCGAAACAUGUUUGAAACUAUGGGUGAGAAGAGAGACUUGGUUUCUUGGAGCGCUAUUAUUUCCUGCUUUGCGCAUAGUAAUAUGGAACUAGAAGCCAUUUUUACCUUCUUUGAUAUGAUCGAACAUGGAGAGCAUCCGAACCAAUUCUGCUUCUCGGCUGCAAUCCAGGCAUGUUCAAAUGUUAAAUAUGCUUCAAUUGGGCUAGUGAUCUUCGGGAUUGUGAUAAAAUCAGGGUAUUUCGGUUCAGAUGUGUGUGUGGGGUGUGCAUUGAUUGAUUUGUUUUCCAAAGGGUUUCAUGAUUUGAACCUUGCUAAGAAAGUGUUUGACCAAAUGCCCCUGAAGAAUUCUGUUUCGUGGACACUUAUGAUUACUAGAUUUUCUCAAAUCAGCGAUCCUACAAGUGCGGUUCAGCUAUUCUUGGAGAUGGUGUUGACUGGAUUUGUGCCCGACAAGUUCACUUUUAGUAGUGUUUUAUCAGCUUGUGCUGAGCUGGAGUGGUUAUCGUUUGGGCAACAAUUGCACUCUUCUGCGCUCAAGUCUGGCCUUUCAUCAGAUGUCUGUGUUGGUUGUAGUCUAGUGGACAUGUAUGCCAAAAGCACUGCAGAUGGAUCUAUGAGUGACUCGAGGAAGGUCUUUGACCGGAUGCCGGUUCACAAUGUUAUGUCUUGGACAGCAAUUAUCACAGGUUAUGUCCAGGGUGGAGGCGAUGACUGGGAAGCCAUAAAUUUGAAUCGCAUGAUGAUGGAGGAUGGUUCAGUAAAACCCAAUCAUUUUACUUUUUCUGCUCUAUUGAAGGCAUGUGGAAAUCUUACUAGUUUGGGUAUGGGUAAGAUAGUUUACGGCCAUGCAGUGAAGUUAGGUCUAGCGUAUUUUGACUGUGUGGGAAAUGCUUUAAUUAGCUUGUAUGCCAGAUGUGAUAAGCUGGAAGAUGCUCGGAGAGCAUUUGAAGUUCUAUUUCAGAAGAAUUUGGUUUCUUUUAAUACAAUUGUUGAUGCUUAUGCUAAGAAUUUGAAAUCUGAUGAGGCUUUCGAGUUUUUUAGUGGAAUUGAAGAUUCUGGAGUUGUGGUUGAUGCUUUUACGUAUGCCAGUCUCUUGAGUGGAGCAGCAAUCGUAGGCGCAGUUGGCAAGGGUGAGCAAAUUCAUGCUCGAUUGCUCAAGGCAGGUUUUGAGUCUAACGAGUGCAUUUGUAAUUCACUGAUCUCCAUGUAUUCCAGGUGCGGUAACAUUGAAGCUGCUUCCCAGGUUUUUGGGGACAUGUCAGAUCAGAGUAUCAUCUCAUGGACUGCUAUGAUCACAGGGUUCGCAAAACAUGGUUUCGCAGAAAGAGCCUUAGAAUUGUUCACUGCAAUGCUUUCUGCUGGCAUCAAACCCAAUGAGGUCACAUAUGUUGCAGUUUUAUCAGCUUGCAGCCAUGCUGGCAUGACAGACGAGGGAUGGAAAUACUUCCAUUCUAUGUCAGAAGAGCAUGGUAUAAGUCCAAGGAUGGAACAUUAUGCAUGCAUGGUUGAUCUAUUAGGUCGAUCUGGUUUUCUUGACAGAGCUGUUGAGCUCAUAAAGUCAAUGCCUUUUGUUGCUGAAGCUUUAGUCUGGCGGACAUUGCUCGGGGCUUGCCAAGUUCAUGGAAAUGUAGAAUUAGGAAAACAUGCAGCAGAAAUGAUCCAUGAGCAGGAUCCAGACGAUCCGGCAGCACGUGUCUUACUAUCAAACUUGUAUGCUUCCAGUGGUCAAUGGGAAAAGGUAGCAAAUAUCAGGAAAGGAAUGAGAGCAAGAAAUUUGGUAAAGGAAGCAGGUUGUAGCUGGAUAGAGGCAGAGAAUAAGGUGCACAAGUUUUAUGUAGGUGAUACCGAACAUCCACAAGCUAAGGAAAUCUAUAAAGAACUAGAUCGAUUGGCUGUCACAAUCAAGGAGAUGGGUUAUGUACCAAAUACCAACUUUGUUCUUCAUGAAGCUGAGGAAGAACAGAAGGAACAAUAUCUAUUCCAACACAGUGAGAAAUUAGCCGUGGCAUUUGGCCUUAUAAGCACGUUCCACCCAAAGCCAAUUAGGAUAUUUAAAAAUCUCCGAGUAUGUGGAGAUUGUCAUUCUGCAUUGAAAUAUAUAUCACUGGCCACUGGAAGAGAAAUAGUGGUUAGGGAUUCAAACCGGUUCCACCAUAUCAACAAUGGCAUAUGCUCCUGCAACGAUUACUGGUGAAUUAUUUAUGUACAUGUACUGCUUGUCUGCUACCAUAGGCGGGUCUUGUGAUGAAGAAAGAUAAGAUCUUUUUCAUAUUUAUCCAUCCACUUUUUUUUUUCCACUA